UCCGAAUCCAAAAGGAAAGACGAAUUAACAUACGACAAAGAUAUUCUCAUCGCUACAUAUGCAGCUGCUGCGCUCUUCCUAUUUAUUAUUCAGAAAAAAAUAAAUUAAAUAAACUAUUAAGUUCCUCGUCUGACACAUGGCCCCACCGAGCCACAACUAAACUGUCAGUGUCCCUGUGUACUGUACUCCACUGUACUGAUGCCACUCGUUCAUCAGCUCAGCUCGAUUCAUCACUCGGCGACAAGCCGCACGCGGGUGGCCUCACCGGCGGAGCAGCGCAGCUGACCUGGACCCCACCAACCGAGGCCCCCACGGCCUCGUCUCCCCGCCACGAGGCCCCAUCGCCGGGAGAUCGGCUCACCGCGCCCACUUCUGGGGCUAGUAGCCUAGCCUAGCCUGCUGCUGCUUCACUCCUAGUCUCCACCGCUAUUAUUACUACCCCUACUACCUCUUGGUUACAAAUCGCGAACGCUUGUGGUGGCAGCAUCGGCAGCGCCACCCGCACCCGGCAGCAGCAGCGCUUGUGGUGUGGCUCACUGGCUCCUGUGUCGGUCACGGCCUCGACCGAUCGCCUGCUGCUGCGAGAGGAGGCGAUGGAGCCGGCGCGGCGGCUCCUGCUGUCGGACUACGACGGCGCGAUCGAGUCGCCGCUGCCGUCGCCGCCGCCCUCCUCGGCCACGCCGUUCCGCCCCGGGGUGGCCGUCGUCGUCGGCAUCCUCACCAGCGUCUUCUCCAUCACGUUCCUGCUCCUUCUCUACGCCAAGCACUGCAAGCGCAGCGCUGCGGAGUCGUCGGGGCCCUACGGGAGCGCCGGCUCGGGCGGUGGGUUCGGGUCCUCCGGCAACGGCGCGGGCGGGGACCGGAGGAACUCCGGCGUCGACCGCGCCGUCGUGGAGUCCCUCCCCGUCUUCCGCUUCGGCGCGCUGCGCGGGCAGAAGGAAGGCCUCGAGUGCGCCGUCUGCCUCGGCCGGUUCGAGCCCACGGAGGCGCUCCGCCUCCUGCCCAAGUGCCGCCACGGCUUCCACGUCGAGUGCGUGGACACGUGGCUCGACGCGCACUCCACCUGCCCGCUCUGCCGCUCCCGCGUCGACCCGGAGGACGUCCUCCUCCUCCCGGAGCCGCCCAAGCCGUCUACCACGGGCCCUCCUGACCCACCGGAGACGAAGGCGGCGGCGGCGGCGGCGGCGGGCAAAGAGCCGGCUCCGGCUCCGCCUCCAGCUCCAGCCCCAACGCCCGCGCAGUCCGGUAGGAGGAUCUCUGGCCGGCACUCCACGGGGUCAGUGCGCGCGCCUGGGCGUGUCGGCCCGGCCUCGCGGCGGUCGGCCGACGGCGGCGUCGCCGUCGGCUGCUUCGACGGCGCCAAGGUGCGGAAGGACCGCGUGCUGCUGGUGGAGCCGGCGGCCGUGGUGGCAGAGCCAGACCCGGUGGCGUUCGACCGGCGGUUCGGGCACCGCAUCCUGGUGAGCACCGCGGGCGGGUGCAAGGGCGAGACGGCCCCCGCGGCGCAGCAGCGGUGGAGCGACCUGCGACCGUCCGACCUCAUGUUCGUCCGCGCCGAGUUCCUGGUCACCGACGCCGGCCGCCACUCCUGCUCCGCGGCCGUGAACUCCGGCAACGCCAGGAGCGCCAUCGGCGUGCGCAGCGUGUCGGAGCUGGCGGGGGUGCGCCGUCUCCCGCCCAUCCGCGCCGGAGCGUGCGAGGGCGAGCCACGAGCCGGCGGCGGUGGCGCCCGGCGGUGGCCCGGGUCGAGCUGGUGGGCGCCACGUGGGGACCCCGGCCGUGCGUAACGGCCCUAUCGCCUAGGCCUGCGUGGGUCGGGACCCCACGUUGCAGCCGGGAGAAAGCUUUUCCGCCGUCGACGUCGUUCAUGCCAAACUACCCCCUGAGAUGCCACGGAAUUACACAGAUCAGUAUAAAGCGGCGGCGCGCUGGCCCUCCCGUCUCGGCUCUCUACUCCGCGGUCGGCGGCGCGUCACGUGAUGGGCAGCGUGGGAAUUAUAUAUGUAACUGGCGGGGGGGGGGGGGGGGGGGGGGGGGGGGGGCGCUCCCUACUUUCGUCCGGGGCCACGCCGGCCCGCCUCGGAAGCCGCGCCGGAGAGCGAGGAGGAGACGCGGAAGGGAUGUUGCUUUCGCGGGAAUCUCGAGGCGGGUGUGUUGGUCCUGUUGGCUCUCUGGCUGUGGCUGGUGGUACGUGCGGCGCGGAUUGGUUGCGUCCCCGCCCGCAGAUGCCGCCGCGGGCAUCGAGGCUUGGCCGCGGAUCCCCUGCGGCCGGCCCCGGACCGGAGGUGUGGCGACCGGCCGGGGGCGGUGCGUGCCCGUGCCCGUGCGUGCGGCUGCGCAGGUGAGGUUUUGGCGGCUUGCGUCGGGCGGGUCGGGGGUUAGGGAACCAUACGAAAGCUGAAGCGUGCUUGUGUAGUUGUACUGCUGCCUGCUAGAAAUUCUUUUGUCUCUCUUUGCGUGAGGUGGAAAGUAAGGAAAGCGCCGCGGCUUUUUUGGUGUACUGCUACUACCACUUCAAAGGACAUGUGACUUGGCCGA